AUGAGUCUAAGUUCACGAUCAUCGCUUGAGACAGACCAUUCAGGUUUGGAUCUCGAAAACAAUGAAAUAGCGCCUAUUCAGAGUCUUUCUUCUUCUUUGAGUCAUCCUGCCUAUAGGGUGAGAUCUUUCGGGUCUAGUUUAGCAUCGAAGGUGUCACGAGUGAAUACUCUUCGCAGAAAUAUUUCAACGAAUAUUAGAAGUGCUGCUGAAAGAAUCCAGGAUGACAGUGCGAAGCAUGCUAAAGAUGAAGCAAUAAAGAGAAGUACUCGUCUUGGCCGUGGGAUGAGUAACUUGGGACUUGAAGAGGCAAUUCGUAUAGCCACAUACAGGUCUGAAAACCAGCUCUCGCUAUCUCCCGAAAACAAAGAGGAAGAAGCCGAUCUCGAAAAGGUGGUAACAGGCGAGGUAUCUGGAGAAAACGUACCUCCCCAGGAUAAAGGUUAUGCUUGGGUGAUGGCCGGAUGUGGAUUCAUGCUUCUUUUCGCUACUUGGGGUGCCAAUGGUGCUUACGGUGUGUUUUUAAGUUACUGGAUCAACAAUCAAACCUUUCCUGGUGGAACUGCUAAAGAUUAUGCACUUAUUGGCUCUAUGGUUCUUUGUCUCUCCCAAUCCUUGGCUCCACUUGCACAGAUGCUAUCGGCCAUUGUUGGUAUUAGACCCGUCAUGAUUGUAGGGGUGAUACUUCAGUUCCUCGGAUUCAUUCUUGGUUCAUAUGCAAAGACUUUAACGCAGCUAUACUUAACUCAAGGGUUUAUUCUUGGCUUAGGAGUUUCGCUAGUUUUUAAUCCCAUGAAUACGCUCAUGCCCGAGUGGUUCGAUAAAAAGCGUGGCAUAUCUUCUGGUAUAACUGUCUCUGCUAGUGGUGUUGGAGGUGUACUCUUUUCUCUGGCGUCCCAAAGUUUGAUUAAUGAUACAGGUAACUUCCGAUGGUCACUAAGAAUGAUUGGAAUCAUUUGUGUCGUAUUUGAAAUCAUUCUCACAAUCCUCACAAAGCCUAGGAUUCCAAAAAGGAGGCUUAAAACCGUUCACGAGAUUAGAACAAGGGCUUCUGUCAUGUUUAACGUCAGAAUUGUUAAGCUAUGCCAGCAGGUCGGCUCAGAUAUGACUGCCAUAUUCAAUGGUUGUCAGGCCAUUGGAAGACUUGCAAUUGGGCUUUGCUCAGAUUAUACUGGUCGAGUCAAUUUGGCCUUAAUUCUUAACGUUGUCAUGAUAGUGCUCAUAUUUGCCAUGUGGAUCAACUCUUUUAGUUAUACAUGCGUUCUUAUGUACUCCAUUCUUUCGGGACUCACGUUUGGAAGCGCUUCAACCCUUAAUCAACCUAUUCUCGCCGAUCAAGUAGAGCCGGAACUCUUCCCUUCUGCAUGGAGUUUUGAGAACUUCUUCAUGGGAAUCUGGUCCUUAGUUGUGGAGGUUAUUACCUUAGGAUUAAGAGACGAAGGAAAGAAAAGGCCAUUCAUUCGUUCUCAAAUCUGUGCUGGAUUUUUCUCUGUCGGGGGUCUUUUCUUUCUUAUUCCAAUUAGAGAAUUGAAGAUUAGGCUCUUUCUGGAGAAGAAUCUUAAUAAAACUGAUCAAACGCUUGCGAAGGAUAUUGAUCUUACGACAGAGGAUACAGCUUUACUUGAGAAAAGAAAAGCGCAUUACAACAAGAUGCUUCAACCUGGAAUUCAUGCCUACUUCAAACGUCUCAUUCAUCCUAUUGCAGUCUAG